AUGGCGAAACUCUGCACCCUGAGCGUCCUCCUGAGCCUCCUGGUCGCUGUUCAGGCCACCCGGUCCCCCGACUGCGCGGGCAUCCUCACCCCAGCGGGACUGAGCUACAUUGCUGAAGUCUCGAAGGCGCAGGCGGAGGCAGUCCUCCGGCAGGACCUGAUGGCCCCAGCAGUGCCGGACCUGUUCCUCGGCUCCCCAAAGCCCAGUGGGAACCAGAUUAACUCCGUCACAGUCGCCGAGCUGUCCCUGUCGCUAAUCCCUGACGCUGGGCUGCGGCUCAGCAUCGAUGUGGACCUUGGCAUCACACCCGCCCCCUCGACCACCAAGGUGAUGAGACUGUCCAUCCUGGCCGACCUCCACGUGGAAAUGAGCCCCGAAGGGAACCUGGAGCUGGUGACCUCCCCCUGCAAAGCCACCUUGGAGGAUGCACAGAGCACUGAGGGGGUGGAAAGCAAGUCCUCUAGUUCCGACGCGGACGAUGAGAUUAACGUCGAUAAGAUUUGCCUGGAAGUCUCCAAAUUGCUGCUCUUGCCAAACGAAGAGCUGAUGUCCCUGACAGCUCAGCUCCCCGUCACGCCGAGCUGCCAGGUCCAGUACCUGCCCCUGGCUGCACCCGUGUUCUCCAAGCAAGGAAUCGCCCUCUCCUUGCGAACCACUUUCCACGUGGCGGGGAUACCAAUCCCACUGCCAGUCAGCCCCGUGCCCUUCAGCAUGCCCGUGCCAGCGAGCUCCAGCCCUGCCCACCUCACCCUGGCCUUCUCUGAGCGCUUCUACACCAGCCUCUUCUCCGCCCUGGAGAUCGCUGGAGCCUUCAACAUGACCAUUCCUAGCCCGCUGACCACCGCUACCGUGGCACAGAAGAUCACCCAGAUGAGCUCCCUCUUCCAGGAUGACCUCCCGGUGACGCUGCAAGCCGUGUUCCGGAGCUCACCUCGGGUGGUGCUGGAGGAAGGCAAGGCAGCCCUGAAGCUCUUCCUCACCGUCCAUGUCGGGGAGGGCUCACCAACUUUCCAGAGCUUCCUGAGCAUCAACGUGGACAUGGCUGCAGGACUGCUCCUCAGCGUCGCCGACACAAGGAUGAUGAUCUCUGCAGCAGAGAUAGA